GGACCCAUAAAUGGCAGCGGCGGUGUGCUCCCAUCUGCGCACGCGCAAUAUCCACACCCGCGUUCCAUUUUCUGGCUAUUGAAUCGUGCUGGCCGAUUGCAAUUUCUACGCCGAAUUUGAAACUAUGUUUGCAUAGGAGUAGCAGCAGUAGGAUACGACAAACAUCUGCACGUGCUAUACACACGAAAGAUGGCGCACCGCAGCAUUGUGAGGACCAGCAAGUUUCGCCACGUUUUUGGACAGGCAUUGAAACGGGAACAGUGUUUCGACAACAUCCGCAUUACAAAGCAAUCAUGGGACUCCAACUUCUGUGCCGCAAACCCCAAAUUUUUGGCAAUCAUCAUAGAAGCUGCAGGAGGAGGGGCCUUUAUGGUGCUCCCAUUGAACAAGACUGGACGGAUAGACGUUAACCAGCCCCUCGUGGCCGGACAUAAGGGUCCGGUCCUUGAUAUUGCCUGGUGUCCGUUCAACGACAAUGUCAUAGCCAGUGCAUCGGAUGACGCACUUGUACGUGUCUGGCAAAUUCCCAACCUGGGACUCCUCAGACCUCUCGUCGACCCCGUGGUCGAACUCCAUGGGCACGAGCGAAGAGUUGGCCAAGUCCUGUGGCAUCCAUCCGCGAAUAACGUUCUCCUUAGCGUCGGACAGGAUUGCAAAAUCAUCAUCUGGAAUGUAGGCACUGGAGAACUGCUGGCACAGAUCAACCACCCCGACUUAGUGUUCAGCUGCGCUUGGAACUGGGAUGGCAGUCGUAUAGUCACCACGUGCAAGGACAGAAAAAUAAGGGUUUACAGCCCACGUUCUGGCGAAAUUGAAGCGGAAGACUUCGGGCAUGAGGGUGCUAAGCCGCAGAAAGCUAUCUAUCUCAGGGAUGGCCUCAUCUUCACAACUGGGUUUUCUCGCAUGAGCGAGAGGCAGUAUGCCCUUAGAGUAGAGUCUGAACUUGCUCAACCUGUCGUUCUGGAGGAGCUCGACACUAGCAACGGGGUCCUGCAACCUUUCUACGAUCCUGACGUUAAUCUCCUCUACCUAUGUGCCAAGGGUGACAGCAACAUCAGGUACUUCGAGAUAACGGAUGAGCCUCCGUUUGUGCACUACAUCAACACAUAUCAGUCUACGGAGCCCCAGCGAGGAAUGUGCGCAAUGCCUAAGAGAGGGUGUGAUGUUUAUCAGUGCGAGAUUGCAAGGUUUUUCAAGCUCCACUCCAAGGGCCUUUGUGAAGUGAUCUCAUUUACGGUACCCCGAAAGUCGGACCUUUUCCAGCAAGAUCUCUACCCAGAAACACCAGGCGAUACACCUGCACUUUCUGCAGAAGAAUGGAUUGAUGGCAAAGAUGCGGAUCCCAUAAUGAUUAACCUCAAGGAUGGCUACAAAGCACAAACAAAGCAGGACUUCUCUGUGACAAAAAAGCCAAACAUAUUGAACAAGAUGCCGGAAAAGCCGUCUUCAGCUGCCCCCAAGUUCGAAAGCUCGGAGGAGUCACCAGAGCCAUCAGUACCGCAGGUUUCUACUGCUGUUUUUGAAGCAAAGUUGGACGGGCUGAUGGACGAAUUGAAGAAGCUCAAGUCCGUCUUGGUGAAGCACGAAAGGAGAAUAAAAGAGUUGGAAGCACGAUUGGAACAGAAACCGGUUGAACGACCGACGACUCCACCUACACCACCCCUCGCAGAUGAUUCCCAGACUGCUGUUCCGGAGGGGUCCAACAGCCACGAAGCAGAAAGCUCUUGUGGAUACCCAAAAGCGGAAAACAAGGUUGUGCUGUUUAUGAAUAGCGUCAACAAGGCCUGGAACUUUCUGACUCGGCGACCACUACUCAGGAGGACGCUUGAUCAACCUCAAGGCCAGGUGUAUUCAGAUUGCCCCCAAGCCAGCUGAGAUUUACUACAAGACAUCAGGAAAUGGAAAAAAACUGCACUGCUGAACUACUACAAAUUAUUAUUUGACUAGUUUACAUCAUAGAACAAACAAACACGGAAUGUUUCAAGGCUCCCAUGGACUAUGUGUGUGUGCACAGAACACGAUUUAACGCUAAUAUGAACAUUAAGAUGCAACCAAUGCAAAGUAAGUGGUAAAUAUUUUCUACCACUGCCACAAGAUGGCUAAUAAUAUGUGUUUUUCAAAUGCACAUGCAAACAGGAAGCGAUCAAUACAAAUAAACACUGACUGCUACAGUCACUGCUAAUUAUGCCGA